AUGUUGAUUUUACUGGACAUGGGCUCGCUGUCCGUUCAGGAAAGGCAGACGCCAACAACUACUACGAUUGCCACGGUCAGCUUUUCAUUGAUGACCUCUGCGGCUCUUGUCGCCUCCGCGUUCGGCAUUAUCAGGUAUUUUUGGAUGAAGUUCAGGAAGCCUUUCAACUUCUUCCUGUGUCACCACAAGGUCGCCACCGGAAGCUAUGCCCGGCUCCUUAAGAUGGAGCUGGACAAGUACGGUUAUAGGAGCUUCAUCGAUUGUGAUGACCUGCAGGACCUGAGCAGGCUCUUCGGCUACGUCAGCCACGGAACCGAGACGAUGGUUAUCUUCGGCAGCCGCGACGUCUUUACACGGAAGUGGUGUCUAGGGGAGAUCAUGACGGCCCGGAUACACGAAGUCCAGACGGUUUUGCUGAGUUUUCCUGGCUUUGCUGCGCCGGACGAG